AUGAUCGAACAUGCCGAGAAGGGGGACAAGAUCAAGCCGGGCGAUACACUAAUCGAGGCACCAAGCGGCAACACACCGUCGCUCAACGUCUCCAGAGUAGACCCAAACUCUUAUAUCCUGGAUCAAUAUGCGAAUUCCGAGAACCCGGCGGCACACGAGUCUGGGACGGCGGAGGAGAGUUGCUGGCCGACAAAAGGGAAGUGGACAUGGUGGUCAGUGGCGCUGGAACAGGGGGCCGUAACUGGGUUGUCAAGGGGACUGAAAAAGCACAAAUCGGACAUCCUCGUUGUCGGAGCGGACCCAAUAGGCUCAGUUCUUGCCCAGCCUGACUCCCUCGACAAACUCAAAGACGAGUACAAGGUCGAGGGCAUGGGGUAUGAAUUUGUGCCGGCAGUGCUGGACCAGAGUGAGCCCAGUAUCUGGAUCAAGACCUUCGAUCGAGACUCGUUUCAGCUUGUACGUCGACUCGUGAGAGAGGAGGAAGUGUUUUGUGGGAGAUCUUCUGGGGCGGCCAUCGCAGCACUUGCUCAGUUGGUGACGGGCCGGCCUGAGCUUAACAAGGAGGACAAAGUGGCGGUGGUCAUCCUGCCCGAUGGGAAUUCGGAUUUACCUGUCGAAGUUCGCGAGCGACGAGUGAAUGGUGGCGCAGGGAUACGUUUCUCAUGA